AUGAGACACAAUAAUACACACUCUACGACAAUCAUCUCAUCUACGGAGCUGGUCCAUGAGCGCUUUAUUCCGUCUCUGCGCACUCUUUCUUUGCUAUCGGGCAUUCUAGUGACGUUCGUAAUUGGUGCAUUAGCUUUUGAGUUCUCGUGUGUUAUGCUGAAUCAACCAGGCGCUGAGAUUGCAAAUAUUAAAAACGUACUAAAAGCGGCAGCUGCUGUAGAAGACGCGGACCCAGCGACAAUUAUUUACUCCAGUGCAUUUUACCCAGAAGAAGUGUUUCAAAUUGAUUGGAGACAGCAAAUUAAGGAAAGCGACCUAUUGCAUCAAGCGGCACUGCAACGAGGCUGUUUGAAGCACAAGAAUAGCAUUAUCUCGUCAGAGUUUGGCAGAACGGAGCAGACCGAGGCACAAAACCUCGUGCUAUUAAUCAAUGAAAGCGAUCCACAACUGUUUGAAAAGCUAAGAAAAUGUCCUGUUGCGGAUGUGUUUGUGCCGGGUGGCUUACGAUCCUUUGGAUAUUGCGAAGACGCUGCAGCGUAUACCAAGUAUUUGAAGGCACGGAUGUUACCAAAGUGGGUGAUGGAGCGCAAGUUUCAAGACGAGUUGAGGAACCGCACUGUCACGUAUCACGAUUUGUGUCCAAAGACGCCUAUGAUCUUCUUUAAUCACUAUUGGGAUAAAGUACCAGACGCUCUAGAUUGGCCCGAAACGAAACCUUUGUACUUGAUGCCCAAUGUGGAGAUGUACGAGCUGGAGAGUGAACACUUUUGGCGAGCGGACGUGAUUUUGUGCAAGACAUUGCUGUGUGCGAGGUAUUUGAGACUGUGGUUCAAGCAAGAGGGUAAUCCUCGAGAAACGAUGGUACUAUACACACGUCACACGACGUCGAACUUGGCGCUAACGUUCAAGAGCCAAUUGACUGCAAGCGAAAUGGAAGCGAGGCCCGAGAAAAAUUUUCGGGAUGUGUCGAUCAUUCAUACAGCAGGUAACAGUGCCUCGAAAGGAACAGAAAGAGUGCUAGAUUGCUGGCUGUCAGAAACGGAUCUGCCACCGCUAGAGCUGUACAUAUCUCAGGAACUAUUUGACAGCAUGUUCUCAAGUAGGUACGCGGAAAGGAUUGGCAAUAGCACGAAAGUCGUACUGCAUGCUGGAGUUGUGGAGCCUGUAGCCUUUGGACGCCUCAUAGCUGAUGCGACGUACUUUAUGUGUCCAAGUGAGCAGGAAGGCUAUGGCCACUACAUUAACCAGGCGCGUUCUUCUCGAGCAUUUAUCUUCACAACCGAUGUUGUGCCUAUGAAUGAGCUGAUCACUCCAUGGUCUGGUGCUCUGAUUAAGGCUAGAACAUUUGCAGAUUCAAAACAGUUCUUAGGUGGCCUUUCCAAUGCGACCCACGCACUACGUGGUGUCCCUGGUUUUAAUGCUCAAUUUGACGGCCGCGCAGUUUGCGAUACAGUGAUGGAAACGCUGAAGAACACAACACCUGAAGAGCGUGCUGAACGAGCUGAUAGGGCUUUGCAGCAGUACUAUUUCGACACGAUUUACUUUGCGCACAAGAUGCAAGAAGUACACAACUUUGCUCGUGCAACAAGCAUAUCCAUUGGUGCCUAG